AUGAAUCAGAACCUUUCAGAAGUGACUGAGUUUAUCCUUCUAGGAUUCACAUCUAACCCAAAACUUCAGCUGAGUCUGUUUGUAUUAUUUCUGCUAAUAUAUAUAGUUAGCUUAGCAGGAAACCUUGCACUCAUAAUUCUAAUCGUCAGCAGUUCUCACCUCCAUAUACCCAUGUAUUUCUUCAUUGGGAAUCUGUCUUUCUUGGAUGUUUGGUAUUCCUCUGUCUAUACCCCAAAGAUCCUGGUAAACUGUAUCUCAGAGGAUAAAAGCAUUUCCUUUGGAGGUUGUGCUGCCCAGUUCUUCUUCUCUGCUGGUCUUGCAUAUAGUGAGUGCUAUCUCCUGGCAGCUAUGGCUUAUGAUCGUUACAUAGCCAUUGCUACUCCGCUGCUAUAUGCCACUGCCAUGUCCAGAAAGCUCUGUAUAGGACUUGUGGCCUUCUCAUAUUUAGGUGGAUUCAUCAAUGCCACAAUUCUCACCAGUGAAACCUUCACAUUGAGCUUCUGUGAUGGCAACAUCAUUGAUGACUUCUUCUGUGAUGUGCCACCUCUGGUAAAGCUCUCCUGUUCUGUGACUGAGAAUUACCAGUCUGUACUAUAUUUCCUCCUUACUUCCAACAUCAUUGCCCCCUCAGCUUUUAUUCUUGCCACUUAUGCCUUCAUCCUAGCAGCCAUCUUGCAGAUCCGCUCCACUGAGGGCAGGUGCAAAGCCUUUUCUACAUGUGCUUCCCACCUGACAGCUGUCACUUUGUACUAUGGUUCCAUCCUCUUCAUCUACUCACGCCCCAGCUCCAACUACGCUUUGGACAGGGACAAAUGGGCUUCCGUGUUCUACACAGUGGUCUUCCCCAUGCUGAAUCCCAUUAUUUACAGUCUAAGGAACAAGGAUGUGAAAAAUGCUGUGAAGAAGCUGCUCAGAAGAAGAACAGGUUUCUAA